UCUGCCGCCUGCUGUUUCGCGUCCUAGAACUGUCAAAAUUUUCGAUGGCUUGUGUUGUUUGGAUAAAAAUAAAAACAAUCUAUCUUUAAUGUGUAAAUAAAUAAUCAUUUACGUACUUUUGUAGUGUGAUUUUUGUUUUUAUACAAUGUUUUAUUUGUGCAAUAUAAUCAUGUAAACAGCGUGAGAAGUCGUGGUGCAUUUGGUGCUUUGGCUUGAGUGGCCAAAAAUCUUCCAGAUGCUGCCUUCUAUGCCAGUUCUCUUCACCAGGGAUAGUCAGGAUGCAUUUGGCAAUAAAAUUCAGCCAAGCACAAGCUUUUUUAAUCAGAAUUCUAAUGACAAAUCCUCAUUUAUUAUAAAGCCCUUACCUACGACAGCUGUGCAAGACGAACCCAAAGUGACAAAUGAGACUAAACACAAAAAGGAUAUCCCUCAAAAACAGAAACCAGAGCCACCUAAGAAAGAUUACAAUGCAUUUGAAACAGCGCUGAUAAGAUCUUACUACACAAAAGUACAAUCAAGGUUUUCAUCAAACAUAUCAAUGCCUAAGAACAAAUUUGUACAAUUUCAAAACACAUUAAAAACAUUUGACCCUAAUAAAGAGACUCCAGUAGAUUUAUUUAGAAAAAUAGAACAAUUAUUUGGUGAAGAACACAAGGAUAUAGUUGAGGAUUUUUUACUGUUUUUAAAGCCGGGACAGGCAGCUGAGGUUGGGAGGUUCAUGGACCGGUUCAUGCUUGUACGAAUAACAGCUUUCAUUGAGUCUUUACAAAACGCUUUCGCUCGCAAGCCCACUGUGCUUCGUAAAGUGAUCCGCGCCAUCACGACGGGCCUCAAUUCUGGGAACAGCGAGGACACGAAGGCCCGGGUACUGCCGCAUCUGAGAUCACACGCGCGUUUAACGCAAAUGUUCAAAUCUCUGUUCCCUGAUGAGAGACCAUCGGACAGCUUGUAUGAGACCGGCACUGAUUGUAUAGACGAAAGCUUCCUGACGAAGGACACCGGCUGCGACGUUUGGGAGUUUGUUGAGACAAACGAUAACAGACAGAAGCCAGACUACAAGAAGGGUCUCGAUACUGCGUAUCUGAACGGUCGCGUGUUCCUACAGCACGGCCGCCUGCUGCGGUCGGCGCGGGUCACGUACCCGUACAGCAAGGAGCCCUACCGGGUGCACGCGCGCCGCCUCGCGCCCGCGCAGUGCCACCUCUCCCCGCCGGACUCCGACGAGGAGCGGUCUUCGCCCAAGCGAAACGCGAAAACUCCUUCGAAGAUCGCCCCGAAACGACCCAAGAAACAACUCAAAUCGCCAACAAAAAGCGUAAAGGACGUAAACGACAACACAAAGCACAAAGACUGCUCCAUUCUGAGCCCUAAAGCGAAGAAACAACAGAACGUCAAGCCGAAAAGCAAAGAGGUCGUCAAACGGAAAGACUCGAAAGGUUUAAUAUGUAAAAACGAAGGUUCUAGAACAAAACAAACAAAGAUUGAAGGCAUAGCGAGUGCGGACGCUAAGAAAGCCGAGAUCAAGAGUAAUUGGACUCGCGACGAGGACAAGACGAUGCUGCAGGUUCUGAAAGGGGAGGCCGGCUCCGAGCAGGUGUUCCGCCGCAUCCGGCAGCUUCUGCCGCACCGGUCGCCCGCCGAGAUCAAGGAGCGCUUCUGUCACGUCAUGAAGCUGUUACAGCAAAUGUCGGUCGGCGAGGUUACUUAGAUAUUAUUAUGCAUGUAAUUGAUAUUUAUAAAUUUUGUAUAAAUAAAAUAUUUUUG